UGCUGGCGUCACAUUGGUCUCAUAGCAAGAGUUUAUUAUUAUUAUGGUCUCACUUUACAAUAAGGUACCCAAAAUACAGGAGUUACUGAGGAACUAAUGAGUAGUGAUUCGGGUUAGGUAGGGUCUUUCCUCAUUAACUAGUGUCAUUUUGUGUACCCUAUUGCCUCAAGUGCAUACUCAAAGAAGGACAUCUCUACACCGCUGAAAGGUAAGUGAGUCAAGUAUCAUGCAUAUAUCACCUUCUGUCAAAUGGCAUUUUACUGGAAUGAAACCAAUUUAGUUGCUUCAUAUGUUCCUCAAAUGUUUCGUCAGUAGUGUGUGUGGAAAUAUGCCUCAACGAUGGAGACGAUUUAUACAAUUCAAAUUAAUUCUGCAUUGACAGGAAAUCAACUGUUGGUUUAAGCGGAGGAUUGAUGCAUACUUUGCAAUGGGGAAUAUUACAACAAGUAGAUAAUCAUCAGCAAUAAGCUUCAAUGACACCCCAGCACAUUGUUAGAUAACAUAUUGAUUUACUUAUUAAGCUCCGUCUAAUCAUUUGCAAGGCACCCCCCCAUAAAAGCGCACACCAAGCUCCUUCAUCGCCAUGGCCACGUCUAUACAAUCCAUCAUUAAUGUUUGAUGAAGAUGACGGGCCGCUUAUAAGACGAUAAGCGCACUCUCACCGAGUCUUAAUGUGUGUAAGGAUGCGGCGGCAUGCGACACAACAGGAAUAACUACACAGUGUUUGUGUAUAUAUAAUACAUAUUGCUCUAUGGAUGCAAAAAAAAACAAAAACGGAGUGCGAGUUUUUGAUUUGCUGCUUGACUGAUGUUCUGUGAGGAUGGACGAGGAUGAAGACUGCAUUGCCGUGGUGGGCAUCGGCUGCAACUUCCCAGGCGGUGAAGGUCUAGACAAUUUCUGGAAGGUUCUAGUGAAUGGACGCAAUUGUUCCGUGCCAAUUCCCAAGGAGAGGUUUGACUUGUCCAGCUGGUAUGACCCUGAUGACAACAAGGCGGGUAAAUCCCGCACAGCCAAGGCCGCUCUCCUUGACGGUUUCAACCAAUUCGACCACAAGUUAUUUGGCAUCAGCGACAGUGAAGUGGAACAAAUGGACCCUCAACAGAAGCAGCUGCUUCAGUGCUGCUUCAGAGCUUUGGAGAAUGCUGGUAUUCCGAUGGAAAAGGCCAGCGGAACCAGAACCGGAGUGUUUUUUGGCCUCAUGAACAGAGAUUACGAGACCAAUGCGGCACAUGUGCACCCCAGCGUCAUCAACCACUGGACCGGGACGGGACUGGCCAUGAGUAUUGCUGCCAACAGGGUGUCGUACAUCUUCAACUUCACCGGGCCGUCGCUGGCCAUUGAUUGUGCCUGCUCGUCCUCUUUGGUGGCUCUUCAUCUGGCCGCCCAGGCCAUUAAACAAGGGGAUUGUGACAUGGCCAUGUGUGGAGGUGUCAACUGCAUCAUCGAGCCCAGAGUGUUUGUGGCCCUCAGUAAAGCCAAGAUGAUCUCACCGGACGGCACCAGUAAGCCUUUCUCUAACAAGGCAGAUGGUUAUGGGAGAGGUGAGGGCUGUGGCGUCGUUCUCCUUAAACCGCUGAGAAAGGCUCUGCAUGACCAGGAUCACAUUUGGGGCAUCAUCAGCAAGACAGCAGUCAACCAAGAUGGCCAUUCGGUGUCGCCAAUCACCAAGCCCUCCAUGACGCAACAAGAAGAGCUGCUGAGGAGAAUCUACUCCGAACACGACAUCGCCAACAUCCACUACAUUGAGGCUCAUGGGACCGGAACCCCAGUUGGAGAUCCGACAGAGGCGGCUAGCAUCUCUAAUGUCAUUGCCAAAGCCCGAGCUCCUGGUUUAAAAGCUCUCCGAAUCGGCUCGGUGAAGAGCAAUAUCGGACACACUGAAUCUGUUGCGGGGGUAGCUGGCAUCAUCAAGGUGCUCCUCAUGAUGAAGCACGAGACCAUCGUUCCUUCUGUGUUCUUCUCUGAAGACAAUGCCAGUGUAGAUUCCCUUGCGCUGAAUCUGCGCGUUCCUACAGAGGUUGAAAAGUGGGAAGCAAAGGGAGCACGGAUCGCAGGAGUGAACAAUUUUGGCUUUGGAGGCACCAACGCUCAUGCUAUUGUCAAACAACACAUACGGUCGCAGUCUGUCAAAAAGUGUGAUGGCAGGCAGGUGAAAUAUUUUGUCAUGUCGGCAAAUUCAUCCAAGUCUCUCACACUCAUGCUAGACGACACCAUCGCACAUCUGGAGGACAAUGUGGAUCUGGACUGUCUAUUGUACACGGCAGCUUGCAGAAGGAGCCACCUCAAGCACAAAUACCGAAGAGCCUUAAUGGUUUCAUCCCUAGUUGACCUUAAAGAGAAGCUACAUGCCGCUGUUGGCAGAAAUACAAGCCCUGCCCUUUCAGAUCCCAAGUUAGUAUUCGUCUUCUGCGGCAACGGCGUCGCUUAUCACGGCAUGGGCAAGCAGCUACUCCGACACGAGCCGGUGUUCAGAGAUACGAUCAAGCAUAUUUCACAGGUUUACCAAAGGCUGAGCACACUGAACAUCUUGGACACGCUUGAAAGCGAUCAGGAGCACAGCGACUACAACGCUCCACAUGUGGCCCAGCCUCUUCUCUUUGCUCUGCAGGUGGGCGUGGCCACUCUGCUCAGGCGCUGGGGCGUCAAAGCUGACGCCAUGCUGGGACACUCGGUGGGCGAGGUCGCAGCAGCUCACUGCUCAGGCCUCCUGUCCCUUGACGAUGCCCUGAAAGUCAUCUACUUCCGCAGCGUUCUCCAGGGCAAAGUCACAGGGGGGAAAAUGCUGGUGAUCAGCAAUAUGGCCGUGUCAGAGGUCACAGCUCUUCUCCCGCGUUACUCUGGAAAAAUUUGUCUGGCUGCGUUCAACAGCCCGCAGUCUUGUACCCUCUCUGGGGAUGCGGAUGCAAUAGAAAACCUCCGGGAAGAGCUGAGUCAUUCAGCUAACAGUCAGAACCUAUUCAUUCGGGUGCUAGAGGUCCCUGCUGCUUAUCACAGUCACAUGAUGGAUCCAAUUCUGCCCAAAAUCAGGGAGGCAAUCGGUUCCUUGGAAGAGAAUGAGCUCAGCACACAGCUUUUCUCAACAGUGACAGGUGAGGAGGCACGACGAGGGGAUUUCUGCUCAGGUGAUUAUUGGGCUAGGAAUAUUCGGGAGCCAGUUGCUUUUGAGCAGGCAGUCAGAUCAGCUAGUGGAGGCAAGAAGAGUUUGGUCUUUGUGGAGGUGGGUCCACGGAGAGCCCUCCAGAGGAACAUCAUGGAAACUCUGGGGAACGACAUACCAGUUGUUGCCUCGCUGCAGCCAGACAAAGACCACCAGACACUCUUGUCUGUGGUUUCCAGGCUCUUUGAGGUCGGCGUCCAGGUAGACUGGAACACCUUCUAUGCAGGGUAUGAGACUGUGCCACUUCCCUUCCCAAAAUACCAGUUUGAUAUCUCGGACAGGGAUGUGAUCAUUAAAGGUGCUCAGAAAAACACUGCCAGUAAUCACCCAGUGCUCUGCGCCACAGGAAGUGAAAAGAACACAUUCAGCUGUGAUGUGGUGUCCGAUUCUGUCUUCUACCUGAAAGAACACAAACACAACAGUGUACCCAUCAUCCCUGGAGCCUUCUAUGCUGAGUUGGGCUUGGCUGCAUUCAUGGCCUGUGCAAAACCAAAGGUCCCCCUCAACGCACUGCAGCUUAGUGUCAGUUUUCACAGCCCAUUCAUCUUAACUCCAAAUCCCCCAGAGAUGAAGGUGCAGCUUGAGCAGAAAGAGAAUGAAGCCACCUUCACUGUGUUCUCAUCCUCAGCCACGUGCGCAUCAGGCAUGGUCGUAGUGAAAAAAGAGCGACCAGUAGAAGAACAGCACAUUGACCUGAAUGGCAUCUACAAACGCUGCACAUCUGCGGUGACCUAUCAAGAAUUUUAUGGCUAUCUGUCCCAAGGAGGCUUUCAGUAUGGAGAUGUCUUCCAGAAUAAGGCCAGUGUUCACUAUGGGGAAGAUCUGAAAGAGGCCUAUGCUGUUGUCACAGUUUCAGAGGAACUCCUGCCUCAGUUGCACGACUACCAUGUUCAUCCCGUCCUACUGGACUUCCUAAUGCAACUUUUGCCAGUCACAGUUGAGCAUAUUUUUGCUGGGAGACCAGGAUUUCCUGCUAAGAUUGGAAGUUUGACGGUGUCAGCACCCUUGAAAGAUGAGAUGAUUGUCUACUUGAGGGCAACUGAUGUCGGUACGGAUCACUUUGAGGUCUGUGGGUGCUUUGCAGAUAGAGAUGGCAACGUCUUGGUUGAGGUGAAGCAUGUGUUAAUCAAAUACCUUGGCAGUCGUUCUCAUGUGGUUGAGGAGUACUUCUAUCAUAACCACUUCAGCGUAAUUCCCGAGGGGAUUACAAAUGAUCCACCUCCUAAGGCCUUGGUGUUCUCGGACCGCAUAGGAAUCUCAAAAUGUCUACAGCAACACUUGGACUCCAGAUCUCGCUACAUUUCCUUUACAUAUGCUAAAGAGAUCUUGAGCAGUGGCUUUCCGGCGCUCUUGGCAAACCUCAAUAUCACAGACAUUGCGGACAACUUUGAUGAGGUCUUGUUCUUGUGGGGCAAAGAGAACUUUGACUCACUCACACCCGAUGUCGUCCUGCAGAAUCUGGCCAACUGCUGCGAAACCUUCCGGCAAAUUGUCGUAGAGCUCAAGCGAAUUCGCUUUCCAAAUUCCAUCCGAGCAGUAACAUACUGUUCAUCUGAUCUCACAGUCGAUCACGUCAAUCCAGGCUUUGCCAUCGUUGGCAUGACUCGCUCUUUUGCUGCUGAGAUACCAGAGCUUUCUUUCCAGUUGGUUGACAUAAGCUCUGUCUCUGCUAAGGAUAUCACAGCUCUGUCUGAGGUCCUACGAGCCUACCCUUGCAGCAAGUACCCAGAACUGGUGGUGAAAGACGGGGUCAUUCUCAAACCUUCCAUUGAGCGUACCACUCCUGAAUUAAUUGAAAACUCUGCAGGGAGUUUUACCUCCAGCACUUGUGAACCUUGCAUCCUUCAGACUGCAGAUGCCUUUACAAUGAGCCGGCUUACUGCUGUCCAUUUUGACAAUGAGGAAGAGACAAUAAGUGAUACUUGUGUUGAAAUUCAGCCCACUAAUAUGUGUGUCCACUCGUCGGAUUACUUCCCUGUCAGUGCCUCACAUCUGAACUUUGGUCAGACGCUGUACUGGAACCAGCACUCUUCCCAGAACCACAAGCUACUCAUGCUUGACUUCAGUGGUGUUGUUACAAGGGUCGGAAAGGAGGUCAGGAAAUUAAAAGUGGGAGAUUCUGUGGCUUCCUGUUACCCUGUGGUGGCAGCCAAUAGGGUGAGGGUCCCACAAGAUGUCUGCUACAGCACCAAACGCCUUCCCUUCCUUCAGUCAACACCUUGUGUGUCCUACUUUGUUCUGGCAUGGGAGAUAUUGCAUCGCGUUUUGCCAAGAGCAAAGCAAAACUUGGGCAUUAUAUCUUCUGUUCGUGAUUCAGCUCUGGUCAAGGUUUUGGCGCUUGCAUCUCAGAAGUUAGGGUGGAACGUGCUUGUUGGAACACAGUGCAAUGAUUCCUUUAUAAAUGCCAAUCAAAUGGAUGCAAUCAUUAUCCUGCCUCCAUAUGACAAAUCCUUGAUGGCUAAAAUAUCUAACUCUCAUGCUGUCCAGAAUGUUGUCCUUGUCCGUAAGUCCCAAACACAGCCUUUGGUUGCCCAGGAUCUGCUUCAGGUUUUCCAGCAAAGUGUCCAUGUGCAGACAGUUGACAUGCCAGUCAUUCUGCAAAAAGGAUCUCUGAGUGCUCGAAGGCUCCGUGUUUAUCAGUGGCUCAAGUCUCUGAACCUGACUAAGAAAUUUUUCCUCGCAAGUGUCACCUUUCAGAGUGUCACAUCAGAAAAAAUCAGCAACCUUUAUUCAGAUUCCUACUUCAGUACAAAGAGCCUGGCUGUCGUGGCUCUAGAAAAAGGACAUUCCACAUCAAUAUCAGACAUUCCGCUGCUGCCCACGAAAAAGCAGCUUUUCCGAAAGAAAUCAGUGUACAUCGUAGCAGGCGGUCUGACCGGGCUGGGCUUUGAAACGGUCAAGUUCAUCUCACAAAAGGGAGGUGAGUUCGUCGUCAUCCUUUCCAGGAGCAAGCCCUCAGCAGAGAUGCAGCAAGCGAUUGGCAAUGUAGAGAAACAGUGUGGGAACAGCAUUGUUAGCAUGGAGUGCGACAUAUCAGUGUCUGAGCAGGUGCACAAAGUUGUGGAUGCCAUCCAGCUCAAAUUUGAAGGCUGUCCAAUCAGAGGAGUGUUUCAUAGCGCAGUGGUCUUGCAUGACGGGCUCAUUGAAGCUCUUGACAGAUCCCUCUAUGAGAAAGUUCUCAAGCCCAAAGUGAAUGGUGUGCUUAACUUGCACCAUGCAACACUGAGCUGCCAGUUAGAUUACUUUGUUUGUUACUCCUCCAUAUCAGGCUUUCUGGGAAAUGCAUCACAAACAAACUACGCAGCAGCAAACACUUUCCUGGACUUGUUCUGUCAGUACAGGCGCAAGCUCGGCCUACCUGGACAGUCCAUCAACUGGGGAGCUUUGAACCUUGGACUCCUCCUGAACAAAGAGGUGUUUCAUCGGUUCCUGGAGGCCAAGGGCAUGAUGGUGCUGAAGGUGGCCGAGAUCCACAAAAGCCUGGAGCAAUGUUUGCUCAUCAACCAACCCCAACAGGCCGUGUGCCGCUUUCACUUCAGAAACAUCCGCUUCAACGUCCUCUCUCAGAAUGUAUCUCUGACCAUGAGGCUGUCUGCGCUGGUCGAGCAAGCCUUCCAAAAGUCCAGACAGUUGGACUCUGAAAAUAAAAACACUGAAGAAGUCCCAGCCAGGGAUUACAUUGUUUCAUUGCUCGUGAAAACCAUUGGCUUGGAGGUGGGCGAAGUAAAAGACGACACUCUGCUCUCGACACUCGGUAUCGAUUCCAUGCAGGCCAUGACGCUGCAAAACCUCAUCUAUCAGGACCGAGGCGUCAACGUGCCUUUGGUGAAACUGUUGGACCCUAACGCCACACUGUCAACAGUGGUAGCCAUCUUGAGCGAAACAACCGAAGACGGAACUAAUAAUGAACUCUCAACUGAUGCAAGCGCGCUUUCCACCAGAUUUUAAACCUGAUCACUGUUGAUAUGUGGAAUAUUUCAGUAUACAGUGUGUCCUGACUGACUUUGUUGUGAUUAUGUCAAGGUCUGAAGGUUCUGUGGAGAUAACAGACUUUUUUUUUAACCUGUUCAUCAUUCACGUGUCCUGCAGGUGAUCAUUCUUAUCAGUAUUGAUGAUAUUUAUUGGCUUUAUGGGGAUGAUCAAACAAUAGACACCAACUAUGGACUGUAAAACAUGCUAAUAAAAAGCACUCACAUUGCGCAGUUAUGUAUUAUGGUUGUGUUGUGUGAAACAUUUUUCCAUUGUAACACUCAAUAAAUGUUAUAUACUCUUAGAGUGUUAACAUUUAAGCACUUUUUAUUACAAUGCGGCAGAAAUAAAUGUCUGAUUGUAGUCAUGGUAACACUGUCCUUGUCUUUCAUUGCACUUGCCAACAGGUAUCAGACAAGAAUGUGAAGGUGUUGCAAUGUUCUGAUAUACGUAUCACAUGAUAUUAAUAUUCAUCACCAGUGUUUCCAAAGUAGCCACUGUAGUAUUCGGCUCCAGUAUCCUGACCAA